AUGGGUCGCGUUCGUACCAAGACCGUCAAGAAGUCCGCCAAGGUCAUCAUUGAGCGUUACUAUCCUAAGCUCACCCUGGACUUCGAGACCAACAAGCGUAUCUGUGAUGAGAUCGCUAUCAUCGCUUCCAAGCGUCUCCGCAACAAGAUUGCCGGUUACACCACCCACUUGAUGAAGCGAAUUCAGCGUGGCCCCGUCCGUGGUAUCUCCUUCAAGCUUCAGGAGGAGGAGCGUGAGCGCAAGGAUCAGUACGUUCCUGAGGUCUCCGCUCUGGACUUCACCCAGAACUCCGAGAGCGGCCAGCUCGACGUCGACACCGAGACCAAGGACCUCCUCAAGCACCUUGGCUUCGAGUCCAUUCCCGUCAACGUCAUCCCCGUCACUCAGCAGCAGAUUCCCGAGCGUGGACAGCGAUACGGAAACCGCCCCCGCCGCGACUAA